AUGGACAACAGGAGGGUUGUUGUCUGCGACAACGGCACCGGGGUGAGCUGAUCGACUCCAUCGUCCGCACGGGCGAUAGAAUCGGUUUAAAUUUUCUAUUUCGUGCUUGAACUUGCCUCAGUUACCGUCGAGCGCUCGGAGGUGGGAAACUGUGAAUGAACCUCAUGACUGACCUCUUGCAGUACGUGAAAUGCGGUUUUGCCGGCGAGAACUUUCCCACCUCUGUGUUUCCCUGCGUUGUCGGGCGACCGAUGCUCCGGUACGAAAGCUCCCUCUCAGAGCAGGAACUGAAGGUUGGCCUCGUAGUGUGACAAUGCGAUCUCCCUAAAUAAUUUUGUAGGUCCUAAAUUGCAGGCCUCGGUACGUUCGUCAUUACCGAUUAGGAAGAGAAAUUCAUGAUUCUUUAUUUUAUAUCUUUUUCUUCGCCUUUUUGUGGUAAAGGGUAUCGUCGUGGGAGACGCUUGUGCAGAGCUCCGGCAUCAGCUAGACAUAUCAUACCCAGUCAAUAAUGGGAUCGUGCAGAAUUGGGACGACAUGUGCCACGUUUGGGAUCACACCUUUUACGACGAACUGAAGGCAUUUAAUCCCCAUACCUGUCGCAGAUUUGGAUGCUCCAGGCUAAAAAGGUGACGACUUUUUGCCAUUUCUUGCAGAUAGACCCCCAGGAGUGUAAGAUUUUACUGACGGACCCACCUCUGAAUCCUUCCAAGAAUCGUGAGAAGAUGGUAACCUGUUUUUUUCUCCUCAAUGGUUUAUUUCCUUAAUUCCUCUUGUUUUCCACAGCUUCAGUUGUCUUCCUUGACGAGUAUAUUGUCAUUUUCAUGAUGUCGUUUCGUGCACCGCAGGUGGAGAUCAUGUUUGAGAAAUACAACUUCAUGGGUUUCUUCAUUCAGAUUCAGGCAGUUCUGACACUAUAUGCUCAGGGUAUGUAAAGAGUAAUCUAAAUGAGAAUUCUUCAUAAGAAUUCCUCGCCUUGAGACAAUUUUGAUUAAUACGCGUCUCUUGAUUGAAAAUUCCUCGUUCAGGAAAGAAAAUGCAACUGAAUAAAGAAAUCUUCAUCCAUAUGCAUUGUAUUCUGUUUAUUAUUCAUUCAAAUCACUAAAGGAAAGGCUUGACGAAGGGAAGGGAGGAAUAAGUGACUAUUUUAUUUUUUCUUAAUUUUCUAUCGUGUUCUAUUCGCCUAAAUGAAUUUUAUAUUUUAUCUCAUGUUGCAUGUUUUACGUUUGAUUUUUGCAAACACAAUUUAGCAUCCUCUGACCGCUGGUUGUUUCUUUUCCCACAGGUUUGUUGACUGGUCUUGUCAUUGAUUCUGGAGAUGGUGUGACACAUGUGGUAAGUCAAAAUUUUGAUAGGUUUCCUGACAUUGAUUGGACAAAUUAACUCAUAUUUGGAAAAUUAUUUUUUCUCAAUCAUCAUACACAGUGUUCCAAUGCUUCAGUCCUAACCUUUUCUUUGUAGCAGUUGAUGUCCAAUGAUGUGGACUUUGUUAAUCUUCAUGUUACUGAGGUGAAAGUAUAUAUAUUAUACACUUUAUUUUGGGCCAGCACAUUAAAGGAAAAUUUUACGGGCUCUUGUCCGCAUCCAGCUUAGACAUGGCAAGUUCUUGUCACAGUUCUGUCUGAACUGAUUUACCUUGUUCAUCAGAAUCAGAAAACUGACAUUGUUUGAAUGGUCAGGUCUUUGAACAAAUCCUGAUUGCGUUGUUGGAUCCCCCAAGGCAUUUUUGUCCUAAUGUGACAUCUUCUGUAUGCCCUGUCUUUCUGAAUUUUUAUCAACACCCACUAUUGAUGAGGUGCAUCCUUUUUUAUUUGUACAGGUUACUAUCAGAAAUUGCAAGUCUGAUGGUGCCCUGUUAUCUCAAAUUGCUUUUUCGUGUCAACUUGUUUGAUACUUGUGUUUGUGUGAUUCAAAAAAACGGUACAUAUUAUUAUUAUUUUUAUAUUCAUUUAUUUGAGAAUAUAUAUAUAUAUAUAUGUAUGUAUGUAUAGAUAUAUAUAUUGUUCCGGGUGUCUCAGAACAGUUUUCAUAGUUCUCGUGGAUUGCUGGGAAUUUCUUUACUUUAUUUUCCUUCUGUUGUGAAAAAGUCUCACAAUGGUAAUAUUUGUUUUCCUUCCUUCUUUCUUGGAAAACUCCAGUGCCUUGGAUGUCAACUCGUACUCCAUUUUCUACUCUGACACAUUGACCACUAAUUGGAGGGAUUUAAGAAGUUUUAAGGAAACAAGGCAGCCGAUGGCUUGUCUAGGAGACUAAUGCCACUGGUAUUCUGGAAUCCACAUCUUUCCAGACAUAUCUGGGUUGGAUUCCUUGGUUGAGGUCGUCCCUAAUAGUAACUGAGGGUGUCAAUUUUCCUCAAGUAUGGCAUAAGAGUUUCAGUUUUUUACAGAUAAUCAUUCGUGUUCUUGUCAUUGUUAUUAAUUUUUGUUUGUAUCUAGGUUCCAGUCGUUGAUGGUUACUCAUUCCCACACCUUACAAAGAGAAUGAAUGUGGCUGGCAGACACAUAACUUCUUAUCUUGUAGAUCUGCUUCGUCGAAGAGGGUGAGGUUCUUUUCUGGUUGAAAGAGGUUGUGACCUUAAAAAAGAAUUCCACCUUUUUCUAUGAUGACUUUUGUUUCUGACCUGGUGAUUCUGGUUUCUUUUGUUGCAAAAGGUACUCAGUGAAUAGGACUGCAGAUUUUGAGACUGCAAGGGAAAUCAAGGAGAAAUUGUGUUAUGUAAGGUUUGACUCUCUUCAACCACGUAUCCCAGCUGAUUUUCUCGUAGUAUUGUUGCAACGACUGAUUCACAAUGAUAUUACAGUUAUGAUUACAAACGUGAAUACCAAUUAGGACUGGAGACGACUGUCCUAAUGAAAAAUUACACUGUAAGUGUGUGGAGUUUCUCUGAUUGUGGCUUAUACUAGAGUAUUUGAAUUAUUUAAACUGACAUUUUCCUCCGAAAUAUUUUUUUCCUGUUCAUCAUUAAUUAGGAACUUACCUUCCCCUUUCAAUUGUGAUUUUCUUUGGUAGCUGCCAGAUGGACGGAUUAUUAAAGUAGGCACAGAACGGUUUCAAGCCCCCGAGGCCCUUUUCACCCCUGUAAGCUCAUUGUUCUCUGUUUCCUGAUUGCAUUGAAAGUGUGCCUUUUAUCCUUGUUGAAGUCUGAGGACGUAUCAUUUUUAGUUUUUUUUAAUAUACCAAUGAGUUUAGAUAUGACCCCUUGGCAUUUUAUAUACUAAUGUAUUUGGAUGCAGGAACUUAUUGAUGUGGAGGGAGAUGGGAUGGCUGACAUGGCUUUUCGAUGCAUUCAGGAAAUGGAUAUUGAUAACCGAAUGAUGGUAUGCAGUUCAUGUGUUAUAAUUAAACAAUGAACUUUUUUACUGUUUGUAGUCAUAUCUUCUCAUUCAUUUCUCUAAUUAUGUAAUGAAUUAUUAUUUUUUAUUAACUUCAUCUUGCUAUGGCUGCAAAAAUUUCUGUCCUUUCGACCUGAUGGAGAAAAACCAUGCACAUAAGAUGCCAAUGGGUCAAAACCUUAAGGGCAUGAUUUUCCUUUUUUAAAAUAGUUUACUCUUCCCGAUUGACCCUUAUUUCGGGUACUAAUUAUUUUCAUUAGAAGUUUUCUUUUUAUGUAAAGGUCAGGUUAGCACUUCCUUAUGGGUUUUUUGUAAUUAACUGCGUCCUUAAAUCGGCAUCCUGCUAGUUUCUUAGUGGGUCAUUUUUGCCCAACUUUUCUCUCAUAGAGGCCUGACUGUCAUUGUGAAAACGUUGUACUAUGAUGAAAUUGAAAUCGAUCCAUUCCCUUCUGGUCUUCUAGUCCAUCCACUUUGGUGGCUCACUUUGUUCUCUUCAUCCUUUGAUGAUUAACUUCAUUAUCAAAUCCUCUUGAUACUUCGCCUGUUCUUCUUAUUUGGACAUUUGUUUAGUUAUCAGAAAAAAAAAUUCUACCAUGAUAACAGGAAACAAUGCAGAAGCUAGUAAAAGAUGAUGAAAUGCAGAAAAAAAAUCUCUUUUUUAAAAAGUUGAUUAUACCUUUGACUACAGUGUUUAACAGUGUCUUCAAGGCUUUUAAAAUGGGGCAAUGCUAAGAAUCAAUUUAUGACCAGUUGAACCAGAGAAAAUCCGCCGGACAGGCCAGAUCAAUCUGAAACAGAGAGAUCAGGUGACCUUGUUCACACUUGUUCUGGUUGGCUAGGGCAUAAUAGCUGAUUUUGGAAAGGAUUCAGUAGGGUUCAAGCUGAAAAAGUACCAAUCCAGUCUCCAAGAUUAAAGUGAUCUUCCUUUUAGUUGGCAAUAAUCUUUUCUACACUCUGUGGAGGAUGUCCCACAUAGCCACAGGUAUAAUUUUUCUGAAUGGGCAGGAGCAAUGACUUAUAGUAGCUAUCCUCUAAUUAGUGGUUAAAUCUAUCUCUAGACAACUCGAACACAAUAUCGUGGACAUCCGAAGACUUGAGACACUUUCAACCAUUUUACUCAGUGUGUUGUUAUCCAGGGAGUGACCAUUGACUUUCUCAGCAUCACCGUUAUGACUCGAGCAUUGCUUGAAGAGAUUAUCAUUAUUUAGUUGAAAUAAUAGUAUACUCAAGCCUCUCUAAAAUUCUCCUUUGAUGCAAAUCACUGCAAGUUCUAAACCUGUGUCCGGUGCAAUCAGGGGUGUUGUGCUUCGAUUUUUUUGUCUCUGAUCCUAUUUCUCUUCCAGAAACAUACAUUCUGAUUACAACCCAUCUCAUAUUUUGGAGGUUUAGUAUGUGAUAUAAUCUGAUUUUCUGUUAUCUGAAGCUAUACCAGCAUAUUGUCCUCAGUGGAGGGAGCACCAUGUAUCCCGGAUUGCCAAGCCGGUAAUCCACCACGCUUUUCAAUGAAGUACUUUUUGUAGUUAUAUUUUUGUUAAUGAUCAAACGUUACUAUUCCUUCCUCCACAUAAAGUCCUCUUUUCCAAUUAUGUACUACAAUUUGUCUUCCCUUUUUUUUGUAAAUAAUAAAGAAAGAUGAGUUACACACAAGAACUCAAGUCAUCAGAAAUAAUCGGAUGCAGUAAGGUUGUUGGGACUAACUUUUUUGACACGUGUGUGAUCGUCAUUGUUUGAGUGCCCUGUAGUGUUUACGCAAUACCAGAUUUCAUAUUUUUCUAAGCAUCAGCUGAAUCGAAAAUGUCAAGUUUCGAUUCGUUGCAGCCCUGUUCUUGGCCAAACCAUGAAUUGGCCUAUUCAGCCAAUCCAGUCCGGUACUAAUCUGGCGUCAGGAUUGGCUACUGUGGUAGCCAAAUGAACAUUAAACCUGAUAACUCGCACCGUUGUUCUCAUCUUGCAUGAGAUUCUCUGUAAAACUCUUCAUAGAUCUAUGAACCUGUGGAAUCCUAUUUCCAUCAGGUUUUUAUUAUGGUGUAGGAUAUCGUAUGAUCUUCUUGGAUUAGUCAUGUAUGACACAUGGUAACAUAUAUACAUAUGGUGGUUUAUGUAGCUCCGUCGAUCUGUGAGCUUGCAGAAUGUUAUUAGUCUCUGGUUUUUAUGAUAAUAUGAGGUAUUUCAUGAUCUUCUGGAACAACCCUGUUCAACAUACAUGGUAUCCGUGGUUCCAAUACCACUGCUGAUCUAUGAACCUGGUUUUUAUCGUGAUCCAAGAUGUUGCAUGAACUGCAGCAAUACCUAUAGACCUAUGAACUGGUAGAAUCUUAUUAAUCAUGGUUUCUAUUGUGAUGCAAGAUUAUAUGCAUCAUCUCCUGGUAAACUAUGAACUGUGGUUGAAUCUUUGUGUUCAUAUUUCCUGGUUCUAUCCAUCAUCAUCACUCAUGGAAUUGAAUGUAUCUCCUAACAGCUUGGAGAAAGAAAUUCUCGAUCGGUAUCUUGAGGUCGUCCUGAAGGGAAAUAGAGAUGGAUUGAAGGUAAUCCAAUCCAGUUUUCUCAUCUCCAAGUUUCUCCACCACCAUCUCAUCUGGAAUCGUUCAGAGUGCAGCUGUUCCUCCCAACAGCUUAGCGAAAGAGAGAGAGAGAGAGAGAGAGAGAGAGAGAGAGAGAGAGAUUCCCGAUCCUGCUUUCUCAUCUCCAACUUCCUCACCAUCAACAGAAACUGCGGCUGAGAAUCGAGGAUCCACCCCGAAGAAAGCACAUGGUCUUCCAUGGAGGGACGGUUCUCGCUGAGAUCAUGAAGGUAUCAGCUGCCUCUUUCCUCUAUGUCCCUGUUCUAGAUGGGAAUUUAUCUGGAUAUUGGAAUUUUAAAUUCCCAAAUAAAUCAUUUUAUUUAAAUAAAAACCCCCUUACACAUGUCUUAUAAAAUACAGAUAAAUGUCCCGAGAUAAUUUUGGGGAUUAAUUUUUCUUCCUGGUGCAUGGUGGGCAGGACUCAUCGGAGAUGUGGGUCAGCAAGCAAGAUUACAUGGAAGAGGGAGUUGCAUGCCUGCGGAAGUGUGGUCAAUCGUGA